UGCUACUGUCACUUCUGCCGCUGCCGCUGUUGUUACAGAUUUUGCUUUUGCUCCUUCUACCGCAUGACAAUUGUUUUCCUCGUCUAAGCAGAUACCAGCCUCAGAUGCUCAAGUAAUGGACUGUGAUAGAGUUAAGGCCUUUUGGAGGUGAGCUGUUUGAGAGCUGAUGCUUAAACAUGUCUGAAGUAGCUGCCGACACUUUCCCCAGCCCCUCAGCUCAGCUGAGCCUUGAUGCGUCCCUCAACGGGCUCCCGGCUGAGGAGAACAUGCCGGGGACCCAAAGAGAGGACAGGAGGGUCCAGGGGAUAGCAGGCCUUGCCACGACCUGCUGUGUGUGCCUGGAGGCAGAGCGACUGAAGGGCUGCCUCAACUCUGAAAAGAUCUGCAUCGCCCCUAUCCUGGCUUGCCUGCUCAGCCUUUGCCUCUGCAUUGCUGGCCUCAAGUGGGUCUUUGUGGACAAGAUUUUUGAGUAUGACUCUCCUACCCACCUUGACCCUGGGAGGAUAGGACAAGACCCAAAGAGCGCUGUGGAUCCUACAGCUCUGUCUGCCUGGGUGCCUUCGGAGGUGUAUGCCUCACCCUUCCCUGUACCUAGCCCCAAGAGCAAGGCUGAAGUGACAGUGCAAAAUGACAGCUCGCUCGUGCCCUCCAAACCGUUCCUCCAGCCUUCUCUGUAUAACCGCAUCCUAGAUGUUGGGCUGUUGUCCUCUGCCGCACCUUCGCUAUCACCACCCUCCCUGGAGCCUACCACAGCAUCUCAGGCGCAAGCAACAGAAACCAAUCUCCAAACUGCUCCAAAACUUUCCACUUCCACAUCUACAACUGGGACAAGUCAUCUCACAAAAUGUGACGUAAAGCAGAAAGCCUUCUGUGUAAAUGGGGGAGAGUGUUACAUGGUUAAAGACCUUCCAAACCCCCCAAGAUAUCUGUGCAGGUGCCCAAAUGAAUUUACUGGUGAUCGCUGCCAAAACUACGUAAUGGCCAGCUUCUACAAGCAUCUUGGGAUUGAAUUUAUGGAAGCUGAGGAACUGUACCAGAAACGGGUGCUGACCAUAACUGGCAUUUGCAUUGCCCUUCUAGUAGUUGGCAUCAUGUGUGUGGUGGCCUACUGCAAAACCAAGAAGCAGAGGAAAAAGUUACAUGACCGCAUUCGACAGAGCCUGCGCUCGGAAAGGAACAAUGUGAUGAACUUGGCCAAUGGGCCACACCACCCCAACCCGCCACCGGAUAAUGUCCAGCUGGUGAACCAGUACGUUUCAAAAAAUGUAAUCUCCAGUGAGCAUGUCAUCGAGCGAGAAACAGAGACAUCAUUUUCUACGAGCCACUACACCUCAACAACACAUCAUUCCGUGACGGUCACCCAGACACCCAGCCACAGCUGGAGUAAUGGCCACACCGAAAGCAUCCUCUCCGAAAGCCACUCAGUGCUCGUCAGCUCCUCCAUGGAGAACAGCAGGCACACCAGCCCAGUGGGGCCCCGGGGCCGCCUCAACGGCAUCAGUGGGCCACGAGAAGGCAACAGCUUCCUCCGGCAUGCGAGAGAAACCCCUGACUCCUACCGAGACUCUCCUCACAGUGAAAGGUAUGUCUCAGCUAUGACCACACCAGCUCGCAUGUCACCCGUUGAUUUCCACACUCCAACUUCUCCCAAGUCCCGCCCCUCCAAAAUGUCGCCACCGGCUUCCAGCUUGACCAUCUCUGUCCCAUCGGUGGCGGUGAGUCCCUUUGUAGAAGAGGAGCGACCGCUGCUCCUGGUGACCCCACCACGACUACGUGAGAAGUAUGAUCAUCACCUUCAGCAGUUCAACUCCUUCCACCACAAUGCCGCCCACGAGAGCAACAGCCUGCCGCCAAGUCCUCUGCGGAUAGUGGAGGACGAGGAGUAUGAGACCACGCAGGAGUAUGAACCAGCACAGGAGCCUCCAAAGAAACUCGCCAACAGCCGGAGGGUCAAAAGAACAAAGCCCAAUGGCCAUAUUUCCAGCAGGGUGGAAAUGGACUCCAACACGAGCUCUGAGAGCAGCAGCUCUGAGACCGAAACCGAAGAUGAAAGAAUAGGCGAGGAUACACCCUUCCUGAGCAUACCGAACCCCGUGGCGACCAAUCUGGAGCCAGCCACUGCCUACCGGCUGGCUGAAAGCAGGACUAACCCGGCAAAUCGCUUCUCCACACCAGAAGAGUUGCAAGCAAGGUUGUCCAGUGUGAUAGCUAACCAAGACCCUAUUGCUGUAUAAAACAUAAAACACAUAGAUUCACAUGUAAAACUUUAUUUUAUAUAAUGAAGUAUUCCACCUUUAAAUUAAACAAUUUAUUUUAUUUUAGCAAUUCCGCUGAUAGAAAACAGGAGAGGAAAAAAAAACUUUUAUAAAUUAAAUAUACAUAUGUACAAAUGUGUUAUGUGCCAUAUGUAGCAAUUUUUUACAGUAUUUCAAAAAUGGGGAAAGAUAUCAAUGGUGCCUUUAUGUUAUGUUACGUUAAGAGCAAGUUUUGUACAGUUACAAUGAUUGCUGUCCCAUAGUAUUUUGCAAAACCUUCUAGCCCUCAGUUAUCCUGGCUUUUUUGUGCACUGCAUUAUAAUGACUGGAGGUAUGAUUUGCAAGAAUUGCAGAAGUCCCUCUGGUCGCUUGUUGUAGAAUCCCCAGAUCAAAAAGCCCUGUAAUGGCACUCCCACACUACCCACCCCACCAGAAAAAAAAAAUACACACACACACACACACAUGCAUACAC